AUGUCGGGUCGCUCGAAUACGAUCAAGGACAUUCGAUCCAGGAUCAAACACGAAAACACCAGCCUUGGCUCCGGAACUGCUGCUUCCACCUUUAGCACGGCGCGACAUCAAGUGCCUAACGUCGGAGAAGCAUUCGGCAACCAUCCCGGAUCUGCCUCAUUUGGUGGUGCGCCGUCAGCACCUAACAAUGCAGGUGCUCUCGGAGCCGGUCCCUCUUUCGUCAGCCUUGCACCUUCCGACUCGAUUUCCAACUUUGAAGGAAGGUCGAGCCACGGCUAUUCAGCCUCCACAUCCCAAGCAUACGACGCCAACUACAAUGAUGCGAGCGGCGGCCAUCACCAAUACCAGUACAAUGCGCAGAGGCAACAGCAGCAAUCGACAGGUGUCUACGCUCGCCCCACCAGUCCAACCCACCAGAGUACUGCCAGUUUUGCGAUGGAACCCACCUUCUCUGCGUCUAGCAGCAAUGCAGGUGCAGCCGCAGCUGCAGCAUCACACGGUCGCAAACCGUCCCGCCAAGAUGCAUACGACCCAUCAACGCCCAACUCGCCGCUCCGUCCCGCGCGCUCGAUGCGCAGACCCACACAGGCACCCGAGGUGCAAAGGGGUCUCGCAUCCAUAUCGAGCUCCAGUACCGUCCGCGACCGCACUCGUGAGGGUCCUCAGCGACCGCAGCUUCAGAUCCCUCCUGUUGGCUCGGUCUCACGCUCUUCCGCUAGCCCAUCUUCGCCCGUGAGAAACUCGCCAGGAAGGGAUCUAUUAACUGCCUCCCGGUCGCACGGUGGUAGUCACUUGCACAACCCGUCUGCGCAGAGCACUGGCAGUGGCGGUGGCCCUCUCGGCUCACAUGCUACACCAUCCUCGGAUCGUCACACACGCAGUGCGCAGCUUAUGGCGCAGAUGGCGCGCUCUGGCACUCCGUCGAGCCAGCCAGACUCGGAAGACCACGAAGACCUCUACGGCGGUCUCUCGCCCAUCGACGCUCCCUCGGAUAGCCACGGCGCCUCGCUGUACAGCAACCACACCGGCUUCAACGUUCUCUCUGUGCCCGGUCAGCGUCCUCAGCGAGACCCGCGUCGAGAAUCGGGUGCGCCACUGGGAUCGCUCACUGAAGACAAUCAGCCUGCCGCCCUUGAUUCGGUUCUAUCCGCACUCACCUCGGCCGGGCGAAAGCGCCAAGCAGCACGCAUCAUGCGCGGCACUACCGCAGAAGAAGAAUCGCGUCGUCGGCGCAACGAGAAGGAAAUCUCGCAGACGUCGCGUCAACAGCGGAAACCCCUGAGCAGCUACGUCGACGCUUCAGACCCUCGCGCUUUCCAGUCUAUCAAUGCUGUGUUGCGCAAGGUCCAAGUUGAAUGGCCAUUCGUUGCCAACGAUCAGUUCAACUCGGUCGCAUUGGCCUUGUCCAUGCUCGACGAGAGCAGUCUCGGCGCGAGUCGUUUCGAGUUUGACCAAGUCAAACAGAUGAUCGAGACGGCGCUCCAAGGCACGGUGGAUGACCAUUACGAGUCGUUUGCCAGCGCCAUCACAACGCACAAUAGCGUGCUUCAGUCGCUCACGGUAGCUCAGACGAGCGUCAGCGGCGCCAGGAGGCGUCUCCGAGAUUCCAGAGAGGCGCUCGGUGCCAAGCGUGCCGACCUGGUGCAAAUGUGGCAGCGCAGUCAGGCUGUCAAAGAGGCGCUCAGACUGCUUGACCUGGUCGAACACCUGAAAUCUGUUCCUGAUAAGCUGGAAAGUCUCAUGGCAGAGAAACGAUUCUUGGAGUCUGUCAAUCUACUCGUUCGGUCGCUCAAGAUGAUCGACAAACCCGAGGUCGUCGAGGUGGGUGCGACUAAUGAUCUUCGCGCCUACCUCAAAGGUCAAGAGCAAGCCAUGCUCGAGAUCUUGAUUGAAGAGCUGCACAACCAUCUGUACCUCAAGAGCUACUUUUGUGAUGCUAGGUGGAAGGUCUACAGUGCAGGGCAAGACGAGCUACCGGUAGUCAAAUUCGGCUCGGAUUAUCGAGGUAUCAGCAAUCCAGCGGAUGCUGAUGCCAGCACCGAGACCGGAGCUCCCUCAAAGCAUUCGAACGAGCCUCUGCAGCUGACGCAGUAUUUGCAGAGUCUCAGAACGAGGCCUACAUUUGAUCCAAAUCUGGCGUCUGAUAUUCCCGAAUCGACGCUAAUGAUUUCGACCAAGUCCGUCUCUGCGCUGACUGGUGAGCUGAGCGGUGGUGCAGCUUCGGCCGCCGCUGCCAUGGAUGGCGGCAGUACUGGUUCGGAUAUCAGUGCAAGCCGAUCAGGGGGAAGAUACGGUGCUGAUUUCGAUCAGAACCCGGAAGCCGACUCUUUCCUGUACAUCGAGAUGCUACUUGAAUCGCUGUCGCGGCUCGGCAAGCUUGGUGCGGCGCUCGACAUUGUUUCUCAGAGGUUGGCCAUGGAGAUCCACCAACUUGUUGAUACGACCAUUGACGAAGUCGAUGCACGCAAUGAGCCGCUUCGACGCUUCUCUGUCGCGCUGCGACCUGAAUCGGUGCUGCUCGCGUCGUCUUCAGCACUGGCACGAUCCUUUACCGAAUCGAUGCGCACCUCGUGCUCGUCAUUCAACAUCUCGAAACGGCCUGUAUCAACUAUGCUUCGCAUCUCAGCAGGCGAGACUUGGGCGCUGCAGCGCGAUGGAGAGACGAUGCGCGACCUCUUCUGGACGCUGUUCUCGAAACUCGAUGCGGUUUUGCAGGGCCAUCGAGUGGUGUACGAGGUCGCAGGGAUGAUCGCAAGCCGCUCCGGGUUCAAGGAUGAGAUUGCCUCGAAAAAGUUGUCCGGGGUGGCAGCGUUGUUGCAGGUGUGGAAGCCCGUGCAACAGGAGGUGCGAACGCUGCUGCACGACUACUUGAUGGAUGAUGAGGGAGCCAAUUCGGCUCGGAACGCGGUCAUCUCGGUGAAUGAUGUGUUGAGGGACCACAGGUUUGGCAGGGAUCGGGCUAAGCCACUGUUCAAACUGGCUGAUGCAGGAGUCAAGAGGGUGGCAGGUAGGAGAGAGAUGGGAUUGGUACAGAGGCAUCAGGUGGCGGUGACGCAGGCUUUGAAGGCGUCUGUACCUGGAUUGGUGAGUUCGGUGGAUGCUGCUGGAAUGAGUGGUGCUCGAGCGGGGAGUCAGAUCAUUGUGGCCUCGUCGGCGGUGGGAACCACAAUGUCGUCGAUGGCAAGCUCAGCUGUUACCGCGACCGGGAUGGGCAACGCUUAUCGAACAGGGGCGCGCAAGCUGGAUUCGUACACUGGUGCAGGUCAUCGACUGUUGGUCAAGCCGGAUGCGUUCAACGUCUCGGUGUUGUUCGAACCUGCGCUCGUAUUCGUCGAACGCGUUGCAGCGGUGAUGCCGCGCGAAGCGGCGGGCGAAACGUCGCGCGGAUUCGGCACUUUCCUCGAAGAAUUCGUCCAAGACAUCUUCCUGCCACAGCUCGAAGAUAAAGUGCAGACUCUGUUCAACAGCGCCACUUUGCAUGCGGACAGCUUUGCGGCGGAUCCAGCGUCUAGACAGCUGACAGGUACGCGCGCGGCGAGAGCGGUGGUCAAGUCGGCGUCCAACGUGAUCGUGCUGAUCGAUAGUCUCUAUUCCAUGCUGCGGAUGACACCGUUCCACAGAGAGAGUUAUUCGAGAUUGAUCGUCACGCUGAUCGUGCAGUUCUACCAGCGCUGUGCAGAGCGCUUCAGGGAUUUGGUGUCGAUCACAGACGCAGAACGCGGAGCUUCGAGUGGUGCGAAUCGAGCGAAUGAGGCGAGGUAUGCUUUGUCGGCAAGUUGGGCACAGAGACCCGAGAUGGUGGCGUGUUUGGCAGAGAUGCGCGAGUCGAGCACGAGCGAUACGAGAAAGGCCGAAUUGUUGGAGCAGGAGGCGAGGUUUCAACUUGGCUAUGCAAAGGCGAGUGAGCCGAUUGGGGUGUACGAGUUGACGACCAGCAGGAAAAAGUUGUUGGCCAUGGGCUGUCUGCAGCACAGUGUCGAUUGGUUUGCGACGAAUAUUGCAAGGCUCAAAGCUGUUGAGCAGGCUAACGAUGUGGGUGCGAGGGAGAAGAGAGCGAGGGCUAGGCUGAGCGUUGUUGAUCCACUGGCAUUCAACGCUGGUCCCAGAUUCGACUUGGACCCAGGCGCUACUGCAUCGAGUGACGAGGUGGAUUUAGACGGCGAGCAACUUGCACUUCCGCUCACCGAGGAUCUGGUCGCUCGCUACUCUGCCAUCGGUGGCGUUUACCACGCGCUCUCGUCGUCGCUCCUGUUCACCCUGCGCCUCGAAUUGCGUCUGCGAAUCAUCUCGUUGCUGCACUCGUCCAUUACCGAAUCUUCGUACAUGAUCAACGAUACAGCCAUCGAACCUUCGCCGCACAUCGUCGAGCUCAACUCUGAGCUAGCGAAUCUCGACGACAUUUUCACCGAAACGCUCUCGCCUUCAGAUCGACUCUGGAUCUGGUCGGGGCUCUCUGGCUUGAUCGACGCAUGCUUUAUCACGCAAGUGCACACGAUCCGUGGUGUCAACCGCCAAGGUGUCGGCAAAAUGGUUCGAGGCAUACUUGCCGUGCAACAGAACCUCAAGAAUAUCCUCGGCGCUGGUGAGGUAUCGCUGGAACGAUGUCGAAAGUUUUACGAACUUCUGUACGCCCGAACGCCCAAGGAACUGCUUGGCAGCAUGGCGAGAUUUCAACCCACAUUCCGCGCAGCAAAAGCAGGACAGGUCAAAGCAGUAGGUUUCGCCGAGUUCCAAGCCAUCCUUGAACUCGCUCUAGGCAUCGAACCGUCCUCCUCCGGCUCGAAACCCUCCAGCGCCGUCAGUGGCGAUCGACUCACUCUCGUUCAGCCCAAUGCAGGAACGCUCGGAUUGAGCGAUGGCGUGACACGUCAAAAGCUCAACGAGUACCUCAUCGAGUUGCACGAGAUUGCCGGCGAACACGAACACGAUUCCGAUUCCGAUUCCGAUUCGAAUUAG